UUGGGGAUUGUACUCGGGAACGAGAAGGGAGCUCUUUACCGUUUCAUUCUGCACAGCUGAACACAGAGUCGUACCUGCUGGCGUGUUUUGGGUUGUUUUGUGUUUUUUUUCGUCCUUGCAAGUGCGGAUCCGUUAGCAGAAACCAGAAUUAUCCUGGAGAACUCGUGCGUAAAAGCGCCUCAUCUCCAGAUCGGCUUUUACGCACGGUACACGGGAGAGAAUUUGAGAAUCUUCCCCGUUUUUUUCCUGUAUUUUUGCUGAAAGGUUUUGCUCAAGGGCAUCCUGGCAAGGUGAAGUGAAGUCAGAGGCUUUUCCCCUCCUCUCUCUCAAAAAAGCAGAAUUAACUCCACGAUUUCACGCGUAAAUUGGCACCAAACAGUUUUUCGUAUGAAUCUCCUCGACCCCUACCUGAAGAUGACGGAGGAACAAGACAAGUGUCUCUCUGACGCCCCGAGCCCGAGCAUGUCCGAGGACUCUGCGGGCUCCCCGUGUCCGUCCGGCUCGGGCUCCGACACCGAGAACACCCGGCCGUCGGAGAACGGGCUGCUCAGAGCGGACGGAUCUCUGGGCGACUUCAAGAAGGACGAGGAAGACAAGUUUCCCGCUUGCAUCCGCGAAGCCGUGUCCCAGGUGCUCAAGGGUUACGACUGGACCCUCGUGCCCAUGCCGGUGCGCGUUAACGGAUCUACCAAGAAUAAGCCCCACGUUAAGAGACCAAUGAACGCGUUCAUGGUGUGGGCUCAGGCUGCUCGGAGGAAGCUGGCGGAUCAGUACCCGCACCUUCACAACGCGGAGCUCAGCAAGACACUCGGAAAACUCUGGAGACUUCUCAAUGAAGGAGAGAAGCGGCCGUUCGUGGAGGAAGCUGAGCGUCUCCGGGUGCAGCACAAGAAGGAUCACCCGGACUACAAAUACCAGCCCCGAAGGAGGAAGUCUGUAAAGAACGGGCAGAGCGAGGGCGAGGACGGCAGCGAGCAGACGCACAUUUCCCCAAACGCCAUCUUCAAAGCUCUCCAGCAGGCAGACUCCCCUGCAUCCAGCAUGGGAGAGGUGCAUUCUCCUGGAGAGCACUCAGGCUCCCAGGGUCCCCCUACCCCUCCCACUACCCCAAAGACUGAUGUCAGCUCAGGCAAGGUUGAUCUAAAACGCGAAGUAGGCCUCCGCUCCCUGCCUGAUGGUCCUGGUGGGCGACAGCUCAACAUUGACUUCCGUGACGUGGACAUCGGCGAGCUGAGCAGCGAUGUCAUCUCCCAUAUUGAGACCUUCGAUGUCAACGAAUUUGACCAGUACCUCCCUCCCAACGGCCACCCGGGCUCCACCAACGCAGCGCCAGUAAGUUACACCGGCAGCUACAGCAUCAGCAGCGGCGGCGCUCCAGUCAGCCCCCAGUCAGGAGGCACCUGGAUGGCUAAAAGCCCGAACCAGCAGGGACAACAGCAGCAGCAGCACACCCUGACCACCCUGGGGAGCAGUGGGGCUUCAGAUGGCGCUCAGACCCAGCACAGGACCCAGAUCAAGACAGAGCAGCUGAGCCCGAGCCACUACAGCGAGCAGCAGGGCUCCCCACAGCACGUCAGCACCUACAGCCCCUUCAACCUGCAGCACUACAGCCCCUCCUCUUCCUACCCGGCCAUCUCCAGGGCACAACAGCAGCAGUACGACUACCCCGACCACCAGGGGGGAGGCACUACAACUGCCUCCUCCUACUACAGCCACGCGGGGGCGGGGCAGAGCUCGGGGCUGUACUCAACUUUCAGCUACAUGAGCAGCCCAAGCCAGAGGCCCAUGUACACGCCCAUAGCCGACAACACAGGGGUGCCCUCCAUCCCGCAGAACAGCCCGCAGCACUGGGAUUCAGCGCCGGUUUACACCCAGCUCACCAGACCCUGAGACACUUACAACGCAACACUUUACUCUGGGGGGAGGGAGGGUGGUUCCCCCAUCAAUCAGACACUUGAACUCAGAAAAAAAAAGAAAAAAAAGAGAGAAAGGAGAGCUGGACUUGUGAUUGGCUCACGUAGUGCCUUGCUAUUAUAGAAGCUAUAUAUUAUAUUUUUAGAGAGAUGGAAGACUUUAAGAAAAUCCUCUGUGAGGACUUACUGAUUGUCAAUAUUUCUGUAGGUACUGUUUAUGUUUCCAUAAUUUUUCUUUCUUUCUUUUUUUUUUUUUUAAUA